AUGGGGGACUAUGCAGCACUUCAACUGGACACGCGUCUGCGACGACUGUAUCCGACACGGCUGCCCAUCAUGACACGCUGCCCACCAAGAGAAGUGAUUGUUCGUGUUGCCUAUGCUGGCAUCUGCCACACUGAUCUUGCCAUUCUGCAGGGUGAUUUUCAAAUAGACUGUGAUCGGCUUGUUCUUGGACAUGAAAUAAGUGGAAUUGUCUCAGGUGUUGGCAAAGAAGUUAAUUGGUUGAGAAUUGGUGACAAGGUCGCUGUGAAUCCAAACAGCAAAUGCGAGCGAUGUGCAGUUUGUCUUCAUGAGGAAAUGGGUGCACCUGCGGAAGCAAGUGUAGGUGUCGAACGAGAUGGAGGUUGGGCAGAGUUCUGCCUAGUGCCACAGUCGCAGUUACACUUGCUGCCAUCAGACGUCCCUCUCAAACAAGGUGUGCUAUGUGAGAGUCUCUCAUGUGUGGCUCAUGCAUGGGAACAUGUGACACCACUUCCACACAGUGCACGUGUUGCUGUGCUUGGCACUGACCUGGUGGGCUGUCUUACUGCCAGCCUGCUGCACGUACAGGGCUACCGCCAUGUCACAUUGUGUGAAAAUGCUGAGGCUGCCCGCCAGAGAGCCCACAGUCUCGGCCUUGGGUAUGAGAUGAUAGAUCAUAAUGAACUCUGUAACAAGACUUUUGAUUUGGCAAUUGACUGUACAGGAGAUGCCAUGAUCCAGCAAGGAGCAGCCCAUGCAUUAGGUUUUGGAGGACACCUUCUCAUUUUCAGAUCAAACUCUGUGAAGGACAGACUAUGCCUGUCACCAUUUAAUAUUUUCACAAAUGAGAUAAAAGUCACUGGUUCCCUUAUCAAUCCUUAUGCCUUUGGGAAGGCUCUUACUUGGGCUUCAGUGUUGGGGCACAGGUAUCUUGAUUUCAACAAAUUGGGUGUUGUCUCAUACCCAUUAAAAGAGUACCAAGAAGCUCUUGAGACAGCAAAGAGUGAUGAUGCAGCAAAAGUAGUCUUUGAGUUUGAUGUUUCUGAUGUACCGACUCCAUAA